UAGUUCAGACUCUCCUCAUGUGUUGAAUGGUCUGGUCUGCGCGUUCUGACGGUCUUCUGCUUUGCGUUGGCUUCCUCCAGCCGAGAACUUGCACCGACAGCAGUGGAGAACCGAGAGCGCGCAUUCUGCUCCGUGAAGCUGAACGGGAGCGCGCGGGGAUCCAGGCGGUGUGCUUGGCUUCAGCACUGGUGCAGCGAUGUCACGGCACGCGCUAUGGCUCUCCGUGUGCUGCAUCCUCGCGUGUUGGACUGGACCUUCUCUCGGAACCGGCUUCAUCUACCAGUUCCCUAACGGACUAACGGUGCAGCACGUGAACUCUGAACAAAGUGCUGGACCUCCAGCUGCGGCUAUUAACUCCCAGCGCAGAAACUGGUGUCAGUACACAAUAUCAAAGACGGUCACCUGCCAGGUCCACAACGGCACAGAGACGACCGUCCAAAGAGUGUUUCAGGGCUGCCGGUGGCCUGGACCCUGCUCGAAACUCAUCAGUUACAGGGCUCUGGUCAGACCUUCCUAUAAGGUGGCCUACCGGCAGGUGACGGCACUGGAGUGGAGAUGCUGCCCUGGAUUUCUGGGUAGUGACUGCAGUGAAGAAUGCAUGAACUGUACCGGUUACAAAGACUUGAGCAGUCGACUGAACACCAUUGAAUCUAAGAUCAAGUUAUUACAAAUAGCCAGACCUCAAACCCCACCCAUUAAUAAUCUACCAGAGGGCUCAACCUACAACGAGGUGGACACACCAAACCCCACCCCCAUUGUACCCCCGCCCUUCUGGCAACCAGGUACCAGGGGUCCCCCAGGGCCAGCUGGACCUCCUGGCGUCCCUGGAUCUUCAGGCCCUCCUGGUGCUGCAGGAGAGAAGGGUGCCCCCGGGCGACCAGGAUCCUCAGGUCCAAAGGGUGAAAGAGGCUUUCCAGGUGAGAUUGGGCUUCCAGGGCUUCCAGGAUCUCCAGGGCUUCCAGGACCUCCAGGACAACCUGGCCUGCCCAACUCCAUCCCUCUAAGAGGGGAUAUAUUUCAGGUCAAUCAGGAUGAAACCGAUGAGGCACGUGCAGGACCACCCGGGCUGCCUGGACCUUCAGGUCCCCCAGGGCCUCCUGGACCUCCUGGGCUUCCCGGUGUACCUGGAAUAGAUGGCAUUAAUGGCCUACCGGGCAAAGCUGGAGCCCCGGGGUCUAAAGGAGACUCAGGUGAAAGGGGACCUCCAGGACUGAUUGGUGAGCAGGGAGAACCUGGUGUAAUGGGUGCUAAGGGACAGAAAGGAGAUCCAGGAGAGAGCCUACCUGAUGGUGAAGGGAUUCAGCAGCUGAGAGAAGCUCUGAAGAUUCUGGCGGAGAGAGUGCUCAUUCUGGAACACAUGAUUGGCAUCCACGAAUCACCAGCUGAGGGCGGAUCUGGUUUGGAAGGGCUCCCAGAUCCUCUUCCUCUGCCUGCGUUGAAGAUCAAAAGGGCCCAGUCCGCCUCUCUCCGCUCAGGCCAACAGAGGAGGAGUGUUUGACAUUUCCACUGAAGCUCCAGCCGAGCUGUCUGUCACUCAUUCCAGUUCUGAAGGAUCUUGGAGCUGAAUGCUGUUAGAAACCUCUCCACCUUUCAUUAAUUCAUAAGUCAUUUGUUAUUUUCUGAACAGUGUUGACAAGGAAUGGUGUAUUCUUUAUAUGUAGGCAGUGUAAAAAUAUAUGUACAGUACUGUGCAGAGGAUUUAGGCACCUAAGAACACAGUUCUUCUAUGCCAUUUUUAUGAGUAAAAAAAUUAUUACAGUAAAAACCGUAUUAUCACAUUAGUACAGAUACAAAUACAUUAGUCAACACAAAUGCAUUACAUUACAUUUAGUGGAAGUUUUAUCUAAAGUGCCUUAGCAAUAAAUAGCAAUAGAGGACAUAGAGGUUCAAGGCAACAAACAUUUAAAAGAAAAGUAGGCCUGUCACAAUAAUUGCAAUAUUGAUUUAUCGUACAAUAAAUGAACAUGAUCUCAAUCAUUUUUGAUAAUCAUGAUAUCAUCUAUUGUGUUUUUUCGUAUGUUUGUUCACAUAUAUAACAAUAAACAGUAGUGUAUCCAGUAAUGCCUUAAUAAUUGUGACUCCAUACACACAAUGUGGAAUAAAGUAGGUGAAGAGAUAAGUAUAUAAUUCCCAAACUAAUUAUAAUAUAUUAUUAAUUAAAUUUUUGCUGUCUUUAAAAAGUGUAUAAUUGCUUUUUUAUGUUAUUCUCUUAUUAUUAUAUCAGUGGCAUUUAAUAGUUUUAAAAUUACAAAAAUAUUGUGUAUCGCAAUAAUUUCUGGGACUAAAUAUUCUUAUUGUGACAGGCCUAGUUAGAAGUAGUUAGUUUGUUAGAGGUGUUAGAAAAGUAAGUGCUCUUUGAAGAGCUCUGUCUUCAGGAGUUUCUUAAAGAUAUCACUAGCCUUGCUCUCUCUGGGUGGAUAGAUGGCGCUCUCUCCCCUCAUCACUCCAAAGGGGGAUGUCGAUCAGCACAAGGCAUCUGUGAGCUGAUGUAUUGGAAUUGGAAUUGGAAUUGUAUUGAGUCGCUGCGAUAGAGAAAGUCCUAAUGAGUGGGUUUGGCUGUGUAAAUUGGGGAGAUAAAAAAAAUAGAUAGUGAGGGAUGUUCCUGCUUUGGUAGUGGAAGGUGGUUUGUUUCACCAUUGGGGAACUAGGUAGGAAAACGGUCUGGAUUCUCUGAAAAAGAUCUUUCUGGAAAAAAAGCUUUCUGGAUUUCUCAAUUUCUACCGGAUUCCCAUAGUUUGCAUGUUGGUAUGUUCGGUGCCAUCACCAGUGUACCAAAAUGUAAUAUCCGUAAAUCUGUAAGCACUGAUUUACUGACGUAAACAAAACUUUAAUAAAGAAAAAAUGAUUUUCUUUUGAAGUCAAACGAGCGCUGGACUUAAAUCUACACAGAUUUUUCUCCUGAAAAACAUUUAAUUGGGUGAGUAAAGCACUUCAGUUUUUUACAGUAAGCUUAUGUUUCCACAAUUUUGACUGAAAUGGCCGAGCAGAGCAGCAAUGGAACUAUUUUAUCUCGUGGAGUGUUUUAACUAAACUGAUCACAUUUUCUCUUUUAAUAAACAGUGAUAAUGGAACUGUGGUAGAAUCGCAAUAAUACACUCAAGGUUCGUGCUAUAACGUUUAAUAUUGGCACUGCUGUGCUGAUUUACGACUGCAGCACAUCAGUGCCAAUAUUACACAUUAUAGCACAAACCUUUAUUAUACCUUUAUUGCUUAAAUAAAUACUUCAUUCAUUCAUUUGCUUUAAUUCCUACAGGUGCCUAAAUCUUUUGCAUAGUUCUGUAUAUACUGUUUGUGUAUGUAUGUAUUUCUGUACGUGUGUGUCUGUUUUUAUAUAUUUGUGUGUGUUCAUAUAUCAGGAGUUAUUUAGGCAGUAUUGAAGGCUGCAGAUGAAGCACAGCACACACAGCUACAGUUGUGUCAGUUGGGCUUGCCUUCUCUCUGCAGUUUGUCUGACUGGUAUCCGCCAGGCAGCGCAGCUUCAGCACGCCGCUAUCCUGUCAGCAUCUCUCGGCCUGUUCUCGCCUCCCCAGCUUGUUAAAACCGCAGCGAGACAGGAUGGAACAAAUGAGCCCCCCCGCCCGUCCACCCGCCUACCCGGCAGCUCCAAAUAAAACGCUGUCAAACCAGAAACAUCUGGAUCAUCCAGCUAUUGUUUUGGUUCUGCAGCCCUGAAAUACCUUGUUCAGAUUUAUUUUUUGGUCAUUAAAUGGCAACCACAGCUUGUAUGUAUACCCAGCUUAACCAUUUGUUUUUUCCUAUACUUAGUGAGUCACAGUAACAGUCAUAUCACUAUUAGUUUAGUAGAAAGAGGAUGUUCUGAUCUGAUUCAUUGGUUUAGAAUCCAGGCAUAUUCUAUUUAAUUUUAUUUUAUAUUAACUAUUUUAAUCUUAAUCCAGUUUAGAACAGUGGUCUGAACGUGGUCUGAAUCUGUACCAUUACUAGACAUUAUUACCAAGCCAGCAGUGCUGAGGAGAGUUCUCAGAAGGUAAAAAAAAAUAGUUUAGUUGGAGUCCGCAGUGUGAAACUAUUUUUACUAUUUUUAAUUCUUUUUAAAAUCUUUUUACUAUCAAAUUGGUAUGGUCUAGUACUCAUCAUUAAGAGACUCAGAUCAGAUCAGGAUUAUCUGAUGAAUAACCUGAUUAGGACAUCCCUAAUAUUGAUUAAAUAAAUUGAUCUCUUUUUUCCUGAGAACAGAACUAUCUCACUGUAGAAGCAAAAUAAAAUAAAACUAAUUAUUAUUUUACUUCAGCUCUACAUGCUCUGCUGUGUUGUUGGGAUUUCUAGCCCUUUCUAACCCUAAAAUACCUUGUUCAGAUUUUUUUUCAGGUCGCUAAAUGGCAACCACAGCUUGUAUACCCAGCUUAAAUGUUGUUUAUGUUGAGUCACAGUAACUGUCAUUGGUAAAGUAGAAAGGGGAUGUCCUGAUUUAAUUCAUUGGUUCAGAAUCAGCGAUGAUCCAGGAAUUAUAUUUUAUUUUAUUUGAGUUUGUUUUUACUAUUUUAAUCCCAAUCCAGCUGAGUGUGAAACUAUUUUUACUAUUUUUAAAUAUUUGUAAUAUCUUUUUAUUAUCAGAUUGUGUAUGAUCUGAUGCCCAGCAUUAAGAGACUUAGAUCAGAUCAGGAUGAUCUGAUAAAGAACCUGAUUAAGACAUCCCCAGCAUUGAUCACAUUUAUUUAUCUAUUUUUUUCCCUAAGAACAGAACUGGCUCUGUCUGUAGAAGCAAAAUAAAAUAAAAUAAAACGCUCAUUCUGACAGGAAAUAAUUAUUUUACUUCAGCUCUACAUGCUCUGCUGUGUUGUUGGGAUUUAUACUGUUUAUUAUGGUUUAUUAGUAUACUUUUCUUAGGGUUACUUGUUUGUGUGUGUUCUUUAUUUGUAGGAUAGAUACAGUGCUGCACUAUAAUCUACAUUGACUGCUGUAACCGGUAGUAUACUCAGAGUUACACUGAUUCUGUGCUUCAAGGCCAUUUUUGGAGUAAAACACUUUGUUUUAUAUUAGUUAGCUUUGUAUUUGAGGUAUCAGUAUCCGGUAUGUUAUUUUUUAACGUUGAUACAUUUUGUCUUUUUUUUGCCUUUUUUUUACGUUUGUAGUUAGUUCUCAACGGUACAUUUACUCGUUUUUUUUUUAUACAGAAGAUAGUGUUAAUGUAAUUUAAUACACUCUGAAGUUUGUACGGUAUUUGGAGACAUAAUUGUAUCAUUACUGUGGGACUGUGCCUUGUAUUCAGUGUACUGUGCCUUGUAUUCAGUGAUUGAUUGAUGGAUUAUGAUUAUGAUAUAUGAUAUUUUUGCACUCUAGAUUUCAGGUUGUUAACAUGCUGGUAUAAAAGUGUUAAAGUCUUGUUUGUGUUUGCGUCUGAAGGUUGACCUUCAGGUCUUUUUUGUAAUUUCAAUAAAAGUUUUAAGAUUCAGUUUAA